GGGCCCCGGGGGGGCGGGGGGAGGGAUCUCGGGAGCCGGAGCCGCUCCCCCGGGAAAGCGAUGUCUCCGCCCGGCAAGAGGUGCGGGAGGCCCCCGGUGCUGUCGUGCCUGGAGAAGAAGAAGAGGAAGCAGAGCCUCGAUCGGAAGCGGGGGAAGACGCGGAUCUACGUGGGCACCCACAUCGAUCGGUGGCUGACCCUCAAGGAGAAGCUGGAUUUCAGGAACGAUGCCGACGUCGCGGGCUUCCUGCUGGACUUGUACGACAGCUGCGACCCGCUGCCCGCGGGGUCUGCCCGGCCCGGCCCGGCCCGGCCGCGGAGGAUCUCGGUGAAAGAGGACGCCUCUCUCAUAGCCGCCGACGGGACCUAUGACAACGAGAACCCGCUGUCUAAAGGCCCUUCCUGUGCUGUCACGGAAGACGUGAGAAUCAUCACGGUGAAAGAAGAGAGGGGUUUGCUGGAUGGCACCUCGUCGACCGACCCGGAUGGCACGUGCACCUUCAGGUUUCCCAGCACAAACAUCAAGAUCACGUUCACAGCGCUGUCCAACGAGAAGCGGGAAAAGCAGGAGGCCCCCGAGUCCCCGGUGAAGCCCGUGCAGCCCCAGAUCUCUCCCUUGACGAUAAACAUUCCAGACAACAUGGCUCACCUGAUCAGCCCCCUCCCUUCUCCCACCGGAACGAUCAGUGCUGCAAACUCCUGCCCUUCCAGCCCCCGGGGGGCCGGGUCUUCAGGGUACAAACUGGGCCGGGCAAUUCCGGCAGACCUGCACCUCAUGGCUGACCAUUCCCAGGCAGAGAACGAAAAGGAAGCUUCGGGAGGAGACAGCCCCAAGGAUGAUUCAAAGCCCCCUUAUUCCUAUGCACAACUAAUAGUCCAGGCAAUCACCAUGGCCCCCGACAAGCAGCUCACCCUGAACGGGAUCUACACGCACAUAACCAAGAACUACCCGUACUACCGCACGGCAGACAAGGGCUGGCAGAACUCAAUUCGUCACAACCUUUCCCUGAACCGUUACUUCAUCAAAGUUCCACGAUCCCAGGAAGAACCGGGAAAGGGCUCUUUCUGGAGGAUAGACCCGGCCUCCGAGAGCAAGCUGAUCGAGCAGGCUUUCCGGAAGCGGCGGCCCAGGGGAGUGCCUUGCUUCAGAACCCCCCUGGGAUCGCUCUCUUCUAGAAGCGCCCCGGCCUCUCCGAAUCACUCCGGGGGGCUGUCGGCCCACUCCAGCGGCGUGCAGACCCCCGAGAGCCUGUCGCGCGAGGGCUCCCCCGUCCCCAUGGAGUCCGAGCCCAGUUCCCUGCAGCCCAAACUGGCCGUGAUCCAAGAAGCGCGAUUUGCACAGAGCGCCCCAGGCUCCCCUCUGUCCGGCCAGCCGGUCCUGAUCACCGUGCAGCGGCAGCUCCCGCCCACCCUCAAGCCCGUAACCUACGCCGUCGCCGCCCCCGUGACCAGCGCGACAUCCCAGCAGCCGGUGGUGCAGACCGUCCACAUGGUCCAGCAGAUACCGACCGUGUCGGUCACGAGCGUCACCGGCCUGGCGCCGGCCAGCUCGUAUGCGGUGGCCGGCCCGGCCGUGGUGGCUCAGGCGGCCGUGGUGGCGCAGGCGGCCGUGGUGGCCCAGCCCAAGAUGGAGCCUCACGAGAACGGAGACCACCGAGAGGCGAAAGUUAAAGUGGAGCCUGUCCCUGCCCCGGGCCACCCUGCCGGGCGCCUCCUGCAGCCACCGCCCACCCCCCUGCCAACGAUGACCAUCGUGCAGCCUCCGGCUCCGCUGGGCCAACACCAGCUCCCCAUCAAAGCCGUCACCCAGAACGGGACACACGUGGUGCCUCUUCCCACAGCGCUCCAGGGACAGGUCAACACGGCUGCCGCCAGCCCCCUCCACAUGCUGGCCACCCACGCGUCCGCGUCUGCAUCCCUGCCCACCAAGAGGCAGAAUGGGGCCCCGGCUGAGCAGCCAGAGCUGAAACGCAUCAAGACGGAAGAUGGCGAGAGCUUAGUGCUGGCAGUGAGCGCAGACCUGCUGCCCGCGGCCACCAGGGACAAAGCCAGCAGCGCCAACUAAGACUCCCUUCCCCUGCACCCCUCCCUCUCCCUCCCUCCCCACCCCACCCGCACCCACUACCCCGGGCGGAGGUUUUCUUUUUAAAAACAAACCAACUCCACAUGGUGCCAAAAGGAGACAUUAGCGAACACCCAAAACCUCGGAACUCGUUCUCUCAGCAGCCAGCGGGACGGACGGGCGGGCCUGGGCUGACCUCAGCACUGAAAACCCCCAACACAGGUGGCCUUAAUCCUCAGAGGCGGCAGAAACACAAACCCAACGGCCAACCGUCCGGCUCCGGCUCGUGGCCGGGUCUCCCCGCACCCCCCCGGCCGCCGGCCCGGGGCCGCAGCCUCCUUUGUCCACCGAUUUCCCCCAAAUCCUCCCCUUGCUGCUCGGGGCGGGACCGAGCCCGACGAGGGUCCGUGGCGUGACUGGAGCCCGCCAGCCUGCUCCCGGGGGGGGAAGGGGGGGUCGCAGGGCCAGGGGCUCGCAGGCACCGCCGCCCUCCCGGGGAAGCGGACGUCUCCGAGGUGCGUUUUCAUUGGCAAUAUGACGGGGUCUUUGACAUUUCGCAUCGCUCCAUUUCUACUCCGGAAACUUUGGAACCACACAAUAACUUUUCAUGAGAAAUUUCGUUUGGUUAAAAAAGAAAAAAAAAAAAACCAAAAACAACAAAAAAACCCCUAACCCACAGAGAAACUGAAUGUAGUUUGUUUUUGUUUGCUUUUUUCUUUUUCUUUUUUUUUUUUUAAAGCGAUGGAAUGGUUUCCUUCUGUCUGUCCUGUUGGAAGUUCAACUGAAGCUACUUUAAUUACAUCUGCAGAUUUUUCCUAUUUUAGCAGUUGCCUGCUCAAUGGAACCCGACUUUAAGGCCACGUUUAGUGAGUGCUGCAGCGCUGCUUCAGGCUUGCAUGAACCAGACUGGCAAAACCUCCCGGCGUGAGGAGCGAGAGCCGUCCCCCCCAGCGGACGGACCCGGCCCCCACCCCCAGCCGGCCCCAGCCGCGCUCCCUGCUUCUAGCCUGCUCCCUUGCGCUGUUUGGUAUUUUGUGUUGACUGACUGUCCCGGCUUCCCUCCUUCCUUCCCAGCUCAAGCCACGCGCGUCUCACUGUUGUGAACGGUGAAAGGACCGGAUCUCUCCGUGGCGGCGACACCCACCCUCACCCCCCACCCACCCCCAGAGCUCCCUCACCCGGCCCGAGGGUCCGAUCGCAGAGCCGGGCGGCCGCAGACUGCUAACAUUUCGGUUGUCCUGCCGGACGUGCCCUUCCCUCUCGCUCUCCCUCCCCGCCCGCCCCCGCCUCUCGGAGAGAAGCUGCUGUGGAUUUGAACAGGAGCUGCGUCCUCGGGCGAGGCAGCGGCAUCUUUUUUUAAAAACAUUAAAUGUGUGUUCUGUACUUGUGCAUUUAAAAUGUACCGGUAAUUCUCUGAUUUGCAGGAGUAGGGUCCCACGUUUCUUUUCAAACCGGAAUUCAAAAUGAAGGCUGAUGAGCUCCCCGCUCCGGGGAGGGGUGGACGUUGGCCUUCAUCUUGAAUCUUCUGCGUCGUCAGUUUCUGUAAUCAUAACAUUAUUUAUUUAAAUGUAGUUAUUUUGGUAUUUAAUUUCCAUUUUUUAAAAAGAGCAAAGCCUGUAAUCCCCCGGGGGCCUGAAGCGGCUCAGCCUGGUCUCUCCGGGCCGGCUGGAGAACUCGUCCUUUCCCCGCCGCUUGCAGCGGUGGGAUCAGCCCCCGCUGCCGUGUGAGCCCCAGGAUGGAGCUGUCGCAACGUUUAUGCAGAGACGCGUAUUAGGAUUAUGAGAAAUGACUGCACCCAGGCUGAAUUCACCAUUCGGCCGCUGGAAAACAACAAAUAAAAAAGAAAUCCACAAUGUGAA